GACGCCACCACGACCGUUUUCGAGCCAGCCCUUCUUUGGCUUAGGGGGAGCAGAGCUGAGCCUGUUGUUGGUUAUGACUUCAGUGAACACCUCUUCUCUCUGGGGCUAUGGAACAACUAAAACAUUUCAAAUUCCCAUUGAUCACCUGGACUUCAAAUUCAUUGAAAAAUGUUCUGAUGUCAAGCACUUAGAAAAGAUUCUUCGGGUACUCAGGUCUGGUGAAGAAGGGCACUACCCUGAACUUACAGACUGUUGUGAAAAACGUAUCGAAAGCUUAGCUCCGGAAAGUAGAGCUUUGCGAAAAGAGAAACCUGCAGCAACUGCAUCCAGUUUCACAGCAGAAGAAUGGGAAGAAAUCAGUGGUGAUAUGAAGAACUGGGUAGCAGAAAUAAAAAAAGAUGAAGACUCUCAAAUACAAAAUCCUAAAACAGGAAUAUUUCAGGAACUCUCGAACAAUUUGCCUCCAGUUCGUUGCCUUCAAAUUAUUGACAAGGAUGGAGAUUUGAAAAGUAAGCCAACAAAGACAAAGAAGAAAGUACCACGGGAUUACACAGAAUGGGAUAAAUUUGAUGCUGAAAAAGAGUGUUUAAAAAUUGAUGAAGAGAAUAAAGAAAAAAACAACAAACCAAACACCAGGCCGCGUUUGCUUAAAAUCGAGAAGAAAAUAGACACAGCAGGUCUUACUAAUAAAGAAAAGGAUUUUCUUGCCACUCGUGAAAAAGAAAAAGGAAACGAAGCGUUCAGUUCAGGUGAUUAUGAAGAGGCUUUCACUUAUUACACUAGGAGCAUAUCGGCAUUUCCCACUGUAGCUGCAUAUAACAAUAGAGCUCAAGCCGCAGUCAAACUGCAGAACUGGAAUAGUGUUUUUCGGGAUUGUGAAAAAGUACUAGAUUUGGAACCUGGAAACUUAAAAGCACUUUUGCGCCGGGCCUCUGCGUAUAAGCAUCAAAGGAAGUAUCAUGAAGCUAAAGAAGAUCUGAAGAAAGUGUUACAUGUUGAACCAGACAAUGAAAUGGCAAAGAAAAUCCUGUCAGAAGUUGAAAAAGAGCUGAAAAAUUCAGAGCCUGCCUCUGGGACUCAGAACAAAGGAAAAAGGAUGGUUAUUCAGGAAGUAGAGGACCUAGACGGUGAAACUGGAAGAGAAAAUGGAGAGGAACAUGAAAAUGACAGAGGAGAUAAAAGAACGGAAAGUGCGGAUGAACUAAAUAUUUUAUACUCAAAUGGAGCAGCGUGUGACCUAAAGGAGGGCAACUGCAGUGGCUGCAUUCAAGAUUGUAACAGGGCCCUGGAGCUUCAUCCGUUUUCUAUGAAACCCCUUCUGCGGCGAGCAAUGGCGUAUGAAUCUGCAGAGCAGUUUCGGCAAGCGUAUGUGGAUUAUAAAACAGUGUUGCAGCUGGACGGUGGAAUACAGGAAGCAAAUGACGGUCUUAGCAGAAUAACAAAAACUUUAAUAGAGCUGGACGGACCAACUUGGCGAGAGAAACUACCCGCUAUUCCAGUGGUUCCCCUUGCCGCUCAGUUGCCUAGCCUGGGUGGAAAGUGUUCUAAUGCAGAGAAUGGUGCACACGAAGAUACACAACCCAGUAAACAGCAGCAAGCGAAGAUCCCAGAUGAAUCCCCUGAAGAAAUGUUUCGAACGCUAAAGGAGGAAGGAAAUGCGUUUGUCAAGAAUGGAAACUACAACGAAGCUGUUUCUAAAUACCAGGAGUGUUUGAAGAUAAAUCCCAGUGAAGGUGUCAUAUACACAAACAGGGCCCUCUGCUAUUUGAAGCUCGGCAAGUUUGAAGAAGCCAAACAAGACUGUGAUCAGGUUCUUCAGCUUGAAUCCUCUAAUAUUAAGGCUCUCUACAGGAGAGCGCUUGCUUACAAAGGACUUGAGGACUACCAAGCCAGUUUGAAUGAUCUCAUCAAAGUUCUCCAAAUAGACCCAAAUAUUUCUGAAGCAAAGAAAGAGCUGGAAGAGGUAACACAGUUUCUUCAAAUGAAGAAUAAUACCUCACUCCCUGGCCGUGAAAAAGAACGGAAGAAAAUCAAAAUUCAAGAGGUGACUGAGGGUAAUGAAGAGGAGACGAAGACCAGAAGAUCAGAGGCAGUUUCAGUCAACUGUCUCGUGGCUGAGGAAAGUACUGAAACCAACAGGCCAGCAACAAUCGUGGAAAAACCACAGAUCUCCAAGCCCUCCAAUGCCUACGAGUUUGGACAAGUUUUAAGUGCCAUGAAUGCAAGGAAGGAUGGAGAAUCUUGUGCCCACCUUCUUUCUCUCAUUGAACCAGAAGAUUUGCCAGUGUUGCUGACUAACAAACUGGAAGGGGAUACCUUCCUUCUCAUCAUCCAGGCUCUGAAAAAUCAUCUUCUUGACAAUAAUCCCAUGCUGGCGUAUCGGCACCUCCUCUAUCUAAGCAAAGCAGAAAGGUUCAAGAUGGUGUUGGUACUACUUAGAGAACAUGAAAAACAGCAAGUUGAACUGCUGUUUGACCUCCUUUCGAAUAAACUCAACAAUCAGAUUCCAUUAGAAGAUUUGCAGAACCUAAAAAACGAUUAUGAACUUUAAACCCGGUUGACUUUAUAAUUUCACCAUGCUUGCAUUCCAUUAAUGUGUAUGGGGUAAGGCCACUCUUAGUUGCAUGGAUAGUCUAUCCUUUAAAAGAAUCCUCCAGACCUGGACUCUUAUUUAAAAAAAAAAAAGCAAAAAAACCUCUAUCCUUUUUGCAUAUUUGAAAACUUGAUGCUCUUUUAGUUGUAUAUAUUUUUAUUAGUUUUAACAAAGCUUUGUAUUUAAUACCCUGUUUAUUAUUUGACAUUAAUCUAUUUCAUAUUGUAAAGGGGAGCAUUAUCUCAUUUAUUAAAUGUAUUUCUCUGUUAGCCACUCAUUAGCGAAAAUGUUUGUCUAGGUUGCGUUUCCUUGGCUAUGAAAAUGAACACCUGCAAAGUAAGAUAUUUGUUUAGUUAUCUGGUUUUCAAUAGUGAAAUCCACAAUAAUACUGCUGCAGGAACUCCAUGCCAUGAAUGUAGAAAAUCGAUUUUUAUAGCAUUAGUACGCUUUGUUUCCAGCUAAGUUGAAAUGGAUUCAGUUGGUCAGACACACAUUGGUUAAACCCAUGGAGCAAUAUUGUCCUUGAAUAAA